ACCCUUAUCCUCCUUCUUUUUCACUCUCAAGAUGUAUAAACCAACACCUUGUCACUGUAUGAUCAGUACUUCUUGGCCUAUCUCUAUUCAAAUAACAAAUACUGAGAAACAAACAGACAGUACAAAGUCCUCUCAUACCUUUGUUACUUAUACUAUUAUGACAAAAGUGGAGAAAGAAGCCAAUAGAAGAUAUAGUGAAUUUGAGUCUUUUCGAAAAUCGCUUGUAAAGCUAUACCCUACUUGCCUUGUUCCACCUAUACCUGAAAAACAUUCAUUUUCCGAUUAUACUACGCAUAAACAAAAGGAUGAUACUACCAUUAUCGAAAAAAGAAAAAGAAUGCUUGAACGCUUUCUAAAGCGUAUAGCAGACCAUCCCAUUCUUCAUCAAGAGCAUAUCUUUCAUCGCUUUUUAGAUGGGAAUCAUACUUGGUCUGAUAUCUUACAUUCUGCUCCCCUUUUGAAUUUGCCCAAAGAUCCAUUAUUGCCAAGCGAAAACUCAUUUACACUCACAAAACAGCCCUCACAGCAAUCCCAGUCUCACUCAAUUGUACCUGUUCCUUCCAGUUCCUAUACACUCAAAUACCCCGAUAAAGAAUUUGAAGCAUCCGAAUUCCAAGUAAGCAAAUCAGCCCAACAAGUCUCUUUGCAAUUCGAGAAAUCACAAAAACGUAUUCUUCAUCGAUUGGGAGACUUGUCGAAUGAUUACUCUGAGUUAGGGUCAGCUUACAAUGCCCUUAGUUUAAAUGAAACAGAACAAUUGGCUAGUUGUAUUGAAAAAAUAGGCCAAGUCGUAGAUGAUACAUGUACUGCUUCCAAAGACAUGGUUCAUGCAUUACAAGUCGAGUUUUCUGAACAUGUACAAGACUAUACACAGUACGUGUUGAUUGCAAAACAAGUCUUGCGCUAUCGUCGCUUAAAACAAGCACAGCUGGAACUGAUUGAAGAAGCCAUCGACGCUAAAAAGAAUUGUUUAAGAGGCCUUGUCAAGACAGAAGAAGAAGCACAGAAACUAAAGACAACCAUGGAUCAACUUUCGGUUGAGGAGAAUCAUAUUCAACGUCCUAUUCAGUCUAACCGGUCAGGGAGUAGUGCAGAUGAUGAUAACAACAUUGAUACUGAAUCUAUCGAAGAUGGGUUCUCUGCUAUCAUUAAAAGUCCUCCACGUACAGAACAAGAAGAAACAGAAGAAGAUAAAAAAGAGGUUCUGGAUUAUCCAACCAGCGCAAGUGCACCUGUGCUGCGUGCUUCGAAGAAUCAGACAAAACGAUGGUCAUCACCACGAAAGUUGUUUUCUGCUGUAACAUACACCAUUCAAGGCAUGAUCGAUACAGACCCAGAACAAACAAGAAGAAAUCAGAUAGACAAGCUAAAGACGACGGUUGAACAGUUGGAACAUGCAAGAGUGAGAACAAGACAAGAACUCAAGGAAAUGGCUUGUACAAUCCAUGAAGAUUUCGAAAGACUACAAAAACAAAAAGAAACUGAGCUCAAGUCUAUUUUGAUUUCUUUUGCCAAAAUUCAUGCUUAUUAUUGUGAACAGAAUGCUGCUUCUUGGGAAGAUAUUCGCAAAGAAGUCGUAGUGACUAUGGACAAUAUAAAGUAAAUAAAGAC